UAUCUCUUCUUUUUGAAGAUUUGUUCAAAAAAUUUAAUUCUGAAAUGAAGAAGAUUGCAGACCAGGUGAUUCCUAAGCAAAGAGCAGCCCAGUUUGAUGUUGUGAAGCACAUGCGCCAAGACCAGAUUACCAAUGGCAUGGUGAAUGCCAUUUCUACUGGAAACUGGUCUCUAAAGAGAUUUAAAAUGGACCGCCAGGGUGUGACCCAAGUGCUGUCUCGCUUGUCCUAUAUAUCCGCACUGGGCAUGAUGACGAGAAUCUCUUCCCAGUUUGAAAAAACAAGAAAAGUGAGUGGUCCUCGCUCCCUCCAGCCGUCUCAGUGGGGAAUGCUCUGUCCUUCAGACACGCCCGAAGGAGAGGCAUGUGGUUUAGUUAAAAACUUGGCCCUUAUGACACACAUCACAACUGAUAUGGAAGAUGGACCCAUUGUUAAAUUAGCCAGUAACCUGGGAGUAGAAGAUGUGAAUUUAUUAUGUGGGGAAGAGCUCUCUUACCCAAACGUGUUUCUCGUCUUUCUUAAUGGUAACAUCCUGGGUGUCAUUCGAGACCAUAAAAAGCUGGUGAAUACAUUUCGACUGAUGCGAAGAGCAGGAUAUAUCAAUGAAUUUGUUUCCAUCUCAACAAAUCUUACAGAUCGAUGUGUCUAUAUUUCCUCUGAUGGAGGAAGGCUAUGCAGGCCCUACAUAAUUGUUAAGAAACAGAAGCCAGCAGUCACAAAUAAACAUAUGGAAGAGCUGGCUCAGGGGUACAGGAAUUUUGAAGAUUUCUUACAUGAGAGUCUGGUUGAGUAUUUAGAUGUGAAUGAAGAAAAUGAUUGUAACAUUGCUCUCUAUGAACAUACAAUUAAUAAGGAUACAACCCACUUGGAGAUUGAACCCUUCACCCUUCUUGGCGUUUGUGCUGGCCUGAUCCCGUACCCUCACCACAACCAGUCCCCGAGAAACACAUAUCAGUGUGCCAUGGGGAAACAAGCUAUGGGUACCAUUGGAUAUAACCAGCGAAACAGAAUUGACACUCUUAUGUAUCUAUUAGCUUAUCCACAAAAACCCAUGGUUAAAACAAAAACCAUUGAGUUGAUAGAAUUUGAGAAAUUGCCAGCUGGACAGAAUGCGACAGUUGCUGUGAUGAGUUAUAGUGGCUAUGAUAUUGAAGAUGCUCUUGUUUUAAACAAGGCCUCCUUGGACAGAGGCUUUGGGCGUUGCCUUGUAUAUAAAAAUGCUAAAUGUACAUUGAAACGAUACACCAAUCAGACUUUUGAUAAAGUGAUGGGACCUAUGUUGGAUGCUACUACAAGGAAACCCAUCUGGCGACAUGAAAUUCUAGAUGCAGAUGGUAUUUGUUCUCCAGGUGAGAAAGUAGAAAACAAACAAGUGCUUGUAAAUAAGUCCAUGCCCACAGUGACUCAGAUUCCUUUGGAAGGAAGCAAUGUGCCACAGCAACCACAGUACAAAGAUGUGCCCAUAACCUACAAAGGGGCAACGGAUUCAUAUAUUGAAAAAGUGAUGAUAUCUUCAAAUGCUGAAGAUGCUUUUCUGAUCAAAAUGCUGCUGAGACAGACAAGGCGUCCAGAGAUUGGAGACAAAUUCAGCAGUCGUCAUGGGCAAAAAGGUGUUUGUGGCUUGAUUGUACCCCAGGAAGACAUGCCAUUUUGUGAUUCUGGCAUUUGUCCGGACAUCAUAAUGAACCCACAUGGGUUCCCAUCACGAAUGACGUUCAGUGAGCCCUUAGAAGCAUACAUCUAUUUCGGCCCUGUGUAUUAUCAGAAGCUGAAACACAUGGUGCUGGAUAAGAUGCAUGCCCGGGCCCGGGGCCCACGAGCCGUCCUUACCAGGCAACCCACUGAAGGUCGAUCUCGUGAUGGUGGCUUGCGCCUUGGAGAAAUGGAACGCGACUGUUUAAUCGGUUAUGGAGCCAGUAUGCUUCUGCUAGAGAGACUAAUGAUUUCAAGUGAUGCCUUUGAGGUUGAUGUCUGUGGGCAGUGUGGACUUCUGGGGUAUUCCGGCUGGUGCCAUUACUGCAAGUCAUCAUGCCACGUGUCCUCCCUCCGCAUUCCAUAUGCCUGCAAGCUGCUCUUCCAGGAACUGCAGUCUAUGAACAUUAUCCCCAGGUUAAAACUGUCCAAGUACAAUGAAUAAGGAUGGAAAAGAUGAUAUUUAAAGAGAACAGUCAAUACAUCCAGUGCAAGGGAAAUCAGAGAGAUUGAGGACUACUUCUGCUCACGUGAAUAAUUCCUUUCAGUGUUCUCUCUCAAAAACAAACAAACAAAUGGAUGGAGAGGCUUUUAUGUACUAGAAGACUGACCAAAAGGCCUUCAUCAGUGAGCAUCAAGCCAUGGGAGAAGUGCCAACAACAUGGACUAUAAUGCAGUUUGAUUCACAAAUGAACAUGACCUAAAGGCUAAAUAAACUUUUAUUUAUGCUCUGAUAUCUUACAAUGUACUCACUUGAAAGACCUUACUCCUUAUAAAGAAUGUUUGAGGUUAAAUUUCCCGUGAUAUCUUCUAGCUAACAAAACUCAGCAUUCUUAGGAAACUUGGAGGAGGUGAGGAAUCCAUUUGCAUUGGUUAACGUGGCUCUUGUUGAGGUGGCUGAUUCUGAGCAGUAUGCUGAGGAAAAAGAGUGUGUGAAGCUGAGAUAGUGGCCAAUAAAGUGAUGGCUUUCUUAUGUGGCACUGUGAGGGGAUCAAUUUUCCCAGCAAUUACAUCUUGCCCUUACACACCCAAACUUUGUAAUUUUAAUCUUGGCGAAAUAAAAUAUAUGCCUACCUUGUUAGGCAAAAAUAUCA